GAAAGUGAAUUGUCAUUUUUUUUUACAGAUUAAAAAUAAUUACUUAAAAAUAUAACUAAUAUAAAAGUUUUAAUUAAAAAAAGGUGAUUGUACAUAUUGUGCUAUGGUUAAAUAUAUUGGACGUAAAUCUAGUCAAUUUUCCUAUGAGUUCUGUCGAGGAAACUUUCAUAGGCCAAGCUUCUACAUUCAUGCGUAAGUCUUUAGAAAAUGUGGUAAGUGGAUCGCAUGAUGCAAUUGGAUCUAGUAUUAGCCAGGCUUUGGCCUUUACUAACGCAAUGACUUUACCUGCUAACAACCAAGAUAAUAUACCGACAACAGAGACGCAACAAAUUCAACAGAAUGUAUUAUCAACACCUCAAAAUGAAUUACAAACACAAAGGUCACACAGUCCAACUAAUAAAAGCGUACAAUCAAAAUUAAGUUCACCGUCAACCAACUCUAUGCCAGAACAAGACAGCACUGCCAAUGUAAAAGCAAAUAACGAAUCACCAAAAUCUCUAUUAGUAAAUCGAUCAACGUCGCAAAAAUCACCAAAAAGUGGUAGCAGUGGUGGUAGUGCAUCACCAAAUGAGAAAAAAGAAACCACAAAUGGAGAAAAAUCGGAAAAAAAUGAUAGCAAAGGUGACAAAGAAAAGAAAAAAAAGAAAUCUUCAUGGUUGAAUGUUUUAUAUCCGACUUAUAAAUCAAGAUCAGAAGAUUUUAAACGGCUUUUUAAGGAUGUUCCUGAUGAUGAACGGUUGGUUGUUGAUUAUUCGUGUGCGUUACAAAAGGAAAUCUUAGUACAUGGUCGUAUGUUUGUUUCACAAAAUUUUCUAUGCUUUCAUGCAAGUAUUUUUGGAUGGGAAACAACCGUUUGUUUACAAUGGAAGGAUGUUACUUCGAUUACGAAAGAGAAAACUGCUUUAGUAAUACCAAAUGCAAUUUUAGUAUGUACACAAACGGAUAAAAUGUUCUUUACUAGUUUUGGUACUAGGGAUAAAGCAUAUUUAAUGUUAUUUAGAGUGUGGCAAAAUGCACUUAUGGGUAAACAAAUGGGCCAACAAGAGAUGUGGCAAUGGGUUCAUUUCUGUUAUGGAGAUGAAUUGGGUCUUACUAGUGAUGACGAAGAUUAUAUACCACCAAAUAAUGAGGAUGAUAAGCUGACAGUGGGGCAACGACUCUCUGUUGAAUCAAUAAUCGAAGAUCCUGUAACACCAACUUCAGUACCGGAUGGAAUUUCGCUCCAUGAAAUUGGAUUAGAUGACAAAAAAAUUAUAAUAACACCACGAAAAAAGAAAAAAUCUACUAGUCGAGCUAGUCCCACGGAUAGUAGUGAAACUGACGGAGAAAAGAAAAUACCUCAAAUAAAAGAACCCACACCACCCUCUCCUAUUAGCUCGUAUAGAAAAGAAAUCAAACCAAAAUUAAUAAUACCAGUAUGUAUUUCAUCGCAUGAGGGUCGCUCAAUUGCUAACAUAACAAUUCCAAUGCAUGUAGAUACAUUAUUUACGAUGUUAUUUACGGAUAAUAAGUUUUUAAUGGAUUUUCAUGAAGCACGACGUACCACCGACUAUCUUGCAACACCGUGGACUGAAUCAGCAAAUGGUGAGAAAACAAGAACAGUAACGUUAACUGUUGCAUUAAAUGCAUCUGUUGGCCCCAAAGUUUCGAACGUGACUGAAACUCAAAUUUUAUCAUCGGUAACUGCUCCUGGAUUAUAUGCUAUUGAUGUUGAAUCCGUGAAUGCUAAUAUUCCAUAUGCAGAUAGUUUUUAUGUAUUGACGCACUACUGUUUAAGUUAUGUGAAUGAACGUGAAUCACGUUUACAAAUCUAUGCACAAAUUAAAUAUAGAAAAUCAAUAUGGGGUCUUGUUAAAGGAAUGAUAGAAAAAAAUUGUUGGGCGGGUAUGGAAGACUUUUUUCAAUCAUUAACAAAAGCAUUAAUACGACAUAAUGAAGAAAUUGUUGAACCAAAAGUACCAAGUAAACGAAAAGCACCGCGACCGCCCAGAAAACGAACGGCAAGUACACAACCUGUAGAAUUUAUUGAAGUACCACAAGGAACAAUAAUUGCAACCAGUGGAAAUAUAUUAGAAACACAACCAACUGCAACAAUCAUGAAUAAUAAAAAUUCAACAAUACAUUUUUAUUCUACUUGGUUUAUUGUUGGAAUUGUUCUAUUUUUGUUAUUAGUAAAUGCUAUGCUUUAUGUUAAACUUGUGGCAUUAGAAGAUGAAGCAAAAUUGUCAAAUUCUCAAAUUGAUUUUAAUUAUUUCAAGGAACCACCAACAAGCUAUAAUGAGUGGAUAGAAAUUUUUUAUACACAAGAAAAAAUUCAUUUGAAAGAAACAAAUAAAUAUAAGAGAGUUUUAAGGCAUACAAUUGAAUUAUUAAAAAAGGCUGAAGACGCAUUAGUUAAAUUACAAUUAGAUCUCUCGUCGGAUCCAAAUUCAGCAUUUUCACAUAUAGCAACUGUUAUUUCAUCAUUAGAAGACACAGUUUCAAACAGUAAAAACAACAAUAAUGAAGACAAUUUUUGAUCUUAAAACUGACUGUUUCACAGUGUUCAAGUGCUAUUCUUGUCACAAAUAAAAUUAAUUUAUAAAAAAGACAAAUGGUGCUGGACAAUCAUAAAAUUAUUACGAAUUUACAGUAUUCAAUUUUGAGGCAGGCGGCAAUUAAUCGAAGGAAUUAAUUCGUCUCGUUCACUUUACAAAUAUAUUUUGCAAAACGAACGUGUUAUAUUUUAAAAAUAAAAUAAAAUUGAAUGGCAUCAUUAUGGAUGAGAUUUUAAAAGUGCUCAAAUACAAAAUGGUGGAUUUGUAAUUUGUUAAGUGAAGUUGACGAAAGAAGGUGAUAAAUUAUUCGAACGAUAAAUGUGUAAAUUUAUUUAAUUAUUAAAUGUACCAUUUGUAUUUUUUGUGUGCAGAAAAUGUAUCAGACUGUCUCAAAAACUAUUUGCAAAAUUGUGUUAAUAAGUCGAAUGACUUACUCCAUUCUAGAAGUAAUUCAUUUUUCUCUCUCUUUCCAAGGUGAAAGUCGGCUGGUCGGAUGGGAAAUAUCACAAUAAAUAAGGAGUCGCGGAGGAGAAGUCUGAAAAAGAAAGUGAAUUACAGGUCAAAGGGCCACAAGAAAUCUAGUCGAUAUAAAAAAAGAAUUUCUUUCGGCAUAAUGAAAAAAUAUAUAAUUUAUUUCAUAUUCCGCUUUCUCGUUAAUUAGAACGUGUAAUAUACAGUCUUAUUAGUAGAUACUAAAUCCAAUAAAAUUUGACCUUUAAAAUCGCAUCAAGAACCAAUGUUUCAUGACACAAACGUUGUUUUUAAAUAUUAAAAUUUGUCCUGAGUGGUAAGCCAAUCCUAAAAUUCUCGCUAUUUGCGCAGAUGUGGUUGACCGAAUUUGGUCAAAAUGAUACAGUUAUCUAAAUUUGAAAUUUAUGAAAACGUCACGAUUUUCGUUUAAAAAUGAAGUAAAAAGAGACUUAUUCAGAUUGAACCUUUUGUUACUGGUACAAGUUAUAGGAACAUCUUAAGUUAGAAAGCUUUUAUUUAAAAAUUUUCGAAAAACAAUUAAAAGAAAAAGUUCCAUUUUUAUUGAAUGUACUCGUUUAUCGAAAAAAUGUUUCCAACAAAUACAGGUUUUUUUAUAAGGAACAACUUUCAAAUCUUAAGCAUUUCCCCGUCUCUUACCAGUUAGGACAAGAAUGUAUAGUAAGCCACUUUCGGCUAGAACAGAAAUCUGAAAAUAUGCCCAAUCAAUACGGCAUGGUCGAUUUACUAAUGAAAUAUGUCAAGUUGCGCAUUCAAUGACAUAUUUUAAAUUUCAGAGGGUUUGUUUGAGUGGUUUAAGAUGCUCAGUAUUUUUUAGGGUACCUCUUGCUUAAAAUAAAAUGGUUUUUGGGACAGGUUUGAAACAAAUAUUUACUUUUUUUUAUUUAAAAAGUAUUUUUAAAUACAAAGUUGUUGUUUUUAAUUUAUGAAGUAGGC